AUGUCUCUCAAGAAAGAUUCCCACCCGUCCUCUGCCGCGUUUGACGCGAUCAACGAGACCCUACAGAGCGAUGAGGCCGGUCGCAAGGAGGCCAUUAACGGAGCCAAGGCUAUCGUCGCCUUCAACAUCAAGAACAAAGAUGGCAAGGAAGAGAGCUGGCACCUCGAUCUGAAGAACAAGGGCGAGGUUGGCCACGGCCUCGCUCCUGCGGGCGGCAAAGCUGACGUCACCCUUUCCCUUUCCGAUGCCGACUUUGCCUCCCUGGUCUCCGGCAAGGCCAACGCUCAGCGUCUGUUCAUGGGUGGCAAGCUCAAGAUCAAGGGCAAUAUUAUGAAGGCUACGAAGAUGGAGCCCGUCCUCAAAAAGGCCCAGGCUAAGGCCAAGCUGUAA